GUGAUUCAUAGUACGAGCCAUAAGGUGAUGGUGGUGAAGAUCUAUAAGAAUGAUGUGGACCAGGAUAGCAUCGUGCGUGAGAUCAGCCUCCUGCAAAAACUCUCCCAUCCCAACAUAGUCAGGUAUCUGGGGAUAUGUGUGAAGGAAGAUAAACUCUACCCUAUUUUAGAGUAUGUUAGUGGAGGAUGUCUGGAAGAACUGUUGGCCAGGAAGGAUGUGUCUCUGUGCUGGAGGGAGAAGGUGGACCUAGCCUGUGACAUCACCAGAGGAAUGAUCUACCUGCAUUACAAGAACAUCUACCACAGGGACCUCAACUCAAAG